AUGGCGAGUAGAAUCCCAGGUGAACUGUUAGAGAGCAUAGGAAAGUGCCUGAACACUAGAACAGAUGUUUCUCGAUUUCGCGCGGUGUGCAAGUCAUUGCGGUCCUCCAUCCCUCGCUUCGAAAAGCAGCUUCAAUUUCCCAUCAAAGUUCUCAUUCGAAACACCAAUGGCAGCAACACCACCUUUACCCUAACCGAGAGCAUUGUCUUUCAUCUUGCGCCUCCUAGAGAUGAUCCUCAUAAAAGAGGUUGGUUGGUUAAGGUUGAAGAAGGAAAAUAUGGUGAAACUCGUAUGUUGCAUCCACUCUCCCAGUUUGUUGUAGGGAGACUGCCCCACUCAUUCCCAAAGGUAUUUAACCUAUUGGAAUUUAGGGUUUUUGAAUAUGCAAGAGUUUACAGCAUACAUGAUGAUGGUUGGUGGGACCGUAAUAAUAAGGUGGCCUUGUCCAUGAAUCUCGGUUUCCCUGUGGUCAUGAUAAUUGCCGAUGGAGUAUUAUACCGAGGCGAAUUAGAUGUCAGCGUUAACAACUGCAUUGAGGUCUCUCAGUUGGAUCAUGAUCAACAUUAUGAUUACGAAGAUGUUAUUUUUCACGAAGGGAAGUUCUACGCUGUCUGCCAGGACGGACAAGCUGUAGUAGUUGAUUCUUGUCUGAAUGUGAAAGUAGUUGCGCCGCCAAUAUUAGCUUGUUCGGGUGGUGAUCACAAGAAGAGUUUGGUGGAGUCUUCGGGGGAGUUGCUCAUGGUCGAUAGGUAUCCGAGUACAAUGGGAGAAGAUAGUUAUUUAGACAAGUGGCUCGACAUUGAGCUUAAAUUCAAGGUUUUUAAGUUGAACACAGCUGAAAAUCAAUGGAUUGAAGUUUAUGAGAGGGAUGCUUUGAGCGAUCGAAUAUUGCUCGUGGGGGAUGACAGCUGCUUCUCUGUUUCUGCUAGAGAUUUUCCAGGAUGUAAAGGGAAUAGCAUUUAUUUCUCUAAUUUCUUUUAUAUGAAGAAUAAUAUGGAGGGUGGUUUUUUGGAUCUUUCAGUGCUUGACUGUGAAGCAUCACAAUCUUCUACUUCCCCAAGCUUGAUCGAUGAAAAGCUGGACGCCGAUUAUGAGCUUUAA